UAGGCCCUUUGUUGUCUCCCUUUAAAGUCUUAUGUAGACAUUUAGCAAUUAGCUCCAAACAUGGUCUCCAUCGCCGGCAGAAACCAGCUAGUCCAAAAAAUCAUUGAAGCAGUUUUUUAACUUCGUGGGACUCUGAGGGCCAGUAUGGCCUGUUUCCCUUGGGGUGACAAGGUCUGGACUCUUAGGGGCUGCAGCAGUUCCCAGCCUAGACAAGACGGCCCUCCCUAUAAGGAAAUGGGCACCCCAGGAACACUGGAAAGAAGCCUGAGUUCUGAGAUGUCAGCAGGCCCCAGCGUUUACAUUGUGGUUCGGGAGCAACCAUCUCCGGACCACUGGUAUUCACUCAACCCGUCACAAAUCCUACACAUCACUAGGAAUCAUCCUGUCCUUGUGAGUGCACAAGACCAGAGAACUUUGAAAGAGGGCAAAACCUUAGGGGCCCUCCAGCUCCUGAUUGGCGUGAUAUACAUUAGCCUCGGUGGCAUCAUGGAUACCAUCAAGAUGACUGGGAACUAUAUAGCCCCCUCAUUCACCGGAGGCGUUCCCUUCUGGGGUGGUAUCUCGUUUAUCAUUUCAGGAUCCUUCUCAGUGGCAUCAGAACUGCUGCCAAACUCUCUUUACCUGUUGAGGACUUACAUCAUCGUACACAUCUUCAGUGCAAUCACGUCUGUGAUUGGAAUGUCUCUCUUCAUCGCAGAGAUCAUUAUCAACAGCCCAUAUAUACACCUCUACAUGGAAGUGUUCUUUGGAAGGACUACUUCUGGCAUACUGCUCUCCUUCAGCAUCUUGGAGUUCUGGAUUGCUUUCGCAUGUACCAUCCUUGGCUACAGACAUAACAAAAGCCUUGUGGAAGCCCAAAACAGUUCUGAAGCAAACCAAGUGGACACCGAACAACCAGGGAACUCACAUUAGACAGAUUCCAAUAAGGUGCAGAAUUCCCAAUAUGCUAAACGUUCUAAAAGCAUCUUUCACUGGGACCAAAGGAAGAUCUCCCCUUACCAGACUUCUGAAACUCAGCUUCUUCCUUCCCUGACAAACUAAGGAAUGUGUCUUUCCAACUGUGUGUACCCUGGACUCCAUUUACUUCAUCCUGGUAAAUUGUGCUGUGCCUCUAUUAAAAAUGAAAUGGAAAUUUCAAGUGGAUUUUAGCAAAGAGGUCCUCCCUAGGGCAGCCACAUGUGGGGACAUCACAUGCACUUAUUCAUGUGCUUCCCUGCGUGGGCUUAGGAGUUAGAGGAAUAAAUGUCCUGACAACCCAAGCUUCAUUAUUUCAAUCAUUCACUCAGUGAAUAAAUAUGAGCUGAGCAUUUGAUAUGUUCAAGCCUCUUCAUGGCAGGAGAAGGAUGAACAUGAGUGAACACACAAAGUGUUUGAUUUCAAGGCACUUCUGUCUCACAUGGGAGAACCACAUGCAAAUAUCUUUCUCUAACACAAAGCAAAAUGUGAGGAUGUAUAAAGAAAACAGAGAGGGAAAUGAUUUAUUUCUGGCAGUGACAGGGAAGCAGAGAACAAGACUCAUUGAGUAAUCAACAUUUGCUGGUGCAUUAAAGAGAGUGGCAUUUUUAUUGA